AUGAAGGAUGGGGCCAAGAUAUUGAAGGCCACAAGAACUAACAAACUCAACUACUGGGGAUAUGGGAUCGAACUCACUAUCCAGGCAACAGUAGAGGAUUUGAGUAGGAUUGCAGAGGAGAUAGUGCUACCUGAUGACUUAAUAUUAAGAAUGAAGGUAGAGGGCAGGCCGCCUGUAUGUUUUGAAUGUGGUGAGAAAGGCCACAUGAAGGUGAGGUGCCCAGAGAGAGAGAACAGGGAGAAGCAAGAAAGUAUGGAACAGGUAGUACAUGUGGAGAAUGAAGAGAAAACAGCGGAGGAGGGAUUCACGGUAGUGGAAAGAAAAAGGAGAAGCGGAAGAGUGGGCCCGCCGCCAGGUAACCAGAAAAAGAAUAAAGAAGAGGCGGAAAGGAAAGAUGCGACCAGAAGGAAGGAAGACAGAAGGUUUGUGGAGAAAGAAAGUGAAAAAAUAAUUGGGAAGGUGUGCGAGAAUGAGUUACAGAAGGAGGAAGCGGUGUUGAAGACGUCAGUUGAUUUGGCGAAGGAGAAAGAUUCAGGUGUGCAACUACAUGAGGGUGAAAUAGAGAAAAAUUUUCACAGUAGAGACAGAGAAGGAAAAAGUUUUAGAAAUAGAUGA